AUGCCCUCCAAUCCAGAAUGGGUCAAGGCCCUCAAGCCCUCCGGUCCUCAAGGCUCAGAGCUUCUUCAACAAGAGAGGGCGAAAUCAAACCUCAACGUCGGCCAGCUAGCUGAGUUUAUGUUCACCAAGGAGAUCCUCGAGAGAAACCAGAGAAUCCUCAAGAUCCUCCAGGCCGAACCCGUGUUCGACAAGUCUCAGAACUACUUUCGAGGCCGGACGUCAAGGAUAGAGGCUGCAUUGGCAAGAGGCAAGAGACUCCAACAGCUGACGGUUGAACAUAAAUGGACCCAAGAUGAGUUCCAGGCGGCCAGCGAUCUCAUCAGCGAGCCUACUCCCUACGGCCUCCAUGCAAGCAUGUUCCUCGUGACGCUCCGAGAACAGGGCACUCCGGAACAACAUAAACUGUUCCUUGAAAAGGCGGAAGCUUACCAAUAUAUUGGCUGCUAUGCUCAAACUGAGCUGGGGCACGGCUCGAACGUCAGAGGAUUGGAGACCACUGCUGUUUGGAAUUCCGAUGACAAAACUUUCACCAUCAACUCUCCCUAUUUGACGGCGUCAAAAUGGUGGAUAGGUUCUCUCGGAAAGGCCGCCAACCACGCCGUGGUGAUGGCUCAGCUUUAUAUCAAUGGCAAAAACUAUGGACCUCACCCAUUUGUCGUCCAGAUCAGAGACUUGAAGACUCACGAACCCUUGCCCAACAUUCAUGUGGGUGAUAUUGGUCCCAAAUUCGGCUAUAACACCAUGGAUAACGGCUUCCUUCUAUUCAAGAAUGUCAAGAUCCCUCAUGUGAAUAUGCUUGCACGAUUCUCCCGAGUUGAUCCGAGCACCAACAAAUACGUUCGCCCGUCAAAUCCGUCUCUCGUUUAUGGCACCCUUACCUACGUCCGCAGCACCAUCGUUCUCCAAGCCGGUUCAGUCCUAGCAAGGGGUGUCACUAUUGCCACUCGAUACUGUGCUGUCCGACGCCAAUUCCAAGAUCGCGAUGCCCCGGCGAGCGAACCUGGUGAGAAUCAAGUCCUGAACUACACCAUGGUGCAAAUCCGCCUGCUCCCUCUGCUUGCCGCCACCUACGCUCUUUAUUUCACCGGAAAAGGCAUGAUCACCUUGUACCAGGAAAAUCAGAAACGUAUGAAUAGCAACGUGGGCAAGCCCGCCGACUCCACACGUGCGCCAGGACCGGAAGAACUGAACCCGGGGACCGACCUCCUCGCCGACCUUCAUGCCACUAGCUGUGCUUUGAAAGCCCUCGCUUCCACUACCGCAGCCGAAGGUCUCGAAGUCUGCCGUAGAGCCUGCGGAGGUCACGGUUACAGCUCCUACUCCGGCAUCGGUAGCUGGUAUGCCGACUAUCUUCCGACUGUGACCUGGGAAGGCGACAACUACAUGUUGACCCAACAAGUUAGCCGAUAUCUCCUGAAGUCUGCCCGAUCAGUCCUCGCGGGGAAGCCGGCGGACAAUGACACCACUCGCAUUCUCAAGGAAUUCGUCGCAAGAAGGGAUAUUGGCGCCGCCUUUGAUGUGAUCGGCAGCGAUACCGACCUCGUCGCCGCCUUUGCCUGGCGAGUGUCCUUUUUGACCUUCGAAGCCCUCCGCCACCGCGAUGAAGACAAACAAUCGUGGAACUCUCUCCUGGUGGAUUUCUGGCGUCUUUCCACUGCUCAUGCACAGUAUAUGAUUGUCAAGAACUUCCACGACGCACUAAACGACCCAACCGCUACGGCCCAACUUGAGCCCGACACCGUCACCCUUCUCCACAAACUCUUCCGCCUCUAUGCUUUGCACACACUCGAGCGGGAAGCCUCGGAAUUCUACUCCAGCGCUGCCGUGACAGUCCGCCAGAUCACGCUUGCUCGCACAAAGGCUGUCAUGAAGCUGCUCGAGGAGAUCCGCCCUCACACCGUGCGCCUAGUGGAUGCGUGGAAGUUCCCAGACUGGCAGCUUGACAGCUCCCUAGGCCGAUAUGACGGCGAGGUCUACGAGGACAUGUUCCACCGAGCCAGCGAGUUGAACCCCCUCAAUAGCAUCGUGUUUGAUCCAUACCCAGAGUCAAAGGUAUUGUUCAAGAAGGAUGAUCGAGUCGAUUUGAGAAGUAAAUUGUAA